GGGUAUCAGAAUAUAGAUCAAUUAGUAGAUUGUGUCUGACGCAUAUACAUGAAAAAAAAGAAUAAUUAGAUAAUAAUAAGAAUAAGAAUUCGAAUCUUAAUAAAAGGAAGGGUUCUAAUAGCAUCUACUAAUAUUACCGAAAACUUUGUGAAAAUACUUCUACGAGAAGGUUUUAUUGAAAACGUUCGAAAACCAUAGGGAAAGUAACAAAUCUUUCUUGGCACGUGCCCCUGCUCCUGGUCUUCGAACUAGUCAUUAAUGGUCGGCAACAUAGGUACCCUUUUUCGGUAUGCGUUGCGAACACUUUCAUUUUUAGCGUCUCAUCUUCUCUAGAGAAGCUCAAAUCGAACGGAUAGAGCAGAUGGUCCAACUACAGAACUUCUUCUUUUUCAUUACUUCCAUGGUCGUGCCCCGUGGCAUGGCAGCACCCGUACUAUUGAAAUGGUUCGUCAGUAGAGAUGUUCCCACUAGUGCCUCUUCUUCCAAUGGUACUAUAAUUCCUAUUCCUAUCCCUUAUUCCCUUUUUUGGUCUAUCUACAUUUAAGGAAAUUCAUACGCUCCAUGGACAGAGCAAAAAGUGGAGUGUUGGUCAAAGCAAGCCGCCCUAUUCUAUUACCAGACAAAAUGGAGAGAAGCUCAUCCGCUAGAAAUGCUUUAUUUCGUUUCGUUCCCGUUCUUCAUUUCCUUAUUAUCGAAUCCAUGGGGGACUUGUCAUAUUUAGAAUCUUUCUGCGGUCUGCUCUGUUUACAAUUCUUUCGUACUCUCUUCUCUUUACCACGCGAUAGGUCAGCGAAGCGUGAGCGGGCGCUCCGAAGUAAAGGCCAAACACUUCGGCCUAAGGGGAAUGAGCAACAAAAUUACAAGAUGAGGUGCCCCGGGCACCCCCAUAUAGAAAGAAGGGUCGAAGGUUUUGGGCCUGUAGCUUUCCCCGCCCCCCCCCCCUCGUCGAGUGGUGCUUGUUUGGGGGGUGUGCCACCAGAAAGUGGGCUUGAAGCUCUUGCCUUACCAACGAGCCGACUGCUGAUGGCUGUUGGUCACGACUACUACAAAAAAGUGAAGAUGAAUCUUUCUAUUUCACAUGGAGGAGUGUGCAUCUUUAUGUUGGGUGUUCUUCUGUCUAAUACGAAUAAGAUACAGUUCACUCAACGAUUGCCCUUGGGUCCCGAACUCCAUAUGGGGAAGGAACGUUGUUGUUUGCGAGGUCUCGAUCAUUUACAUGGACCCACUUCUCAUUCCAUUUGUGGGAAUUUGAUGAUUUAUAAACCGUCCCCAACGAGUGAAAGGUUCAUGUUUGAACAUGAUGAAUCACUUCGUGCCGACCUAUUGCCCAUAAACUUUCCUGCCUCAUAUGAGAAUGGAAAACUGGAAGAUUUUCUGCAUCGGUGGAUGAAGAAUCACGAACAUAAGAAUUUCUGGUUUAGCAUGUUCCCAGAAAGAAGAUACUUUUUUUCCAUUCGAGAAACGAGGAGCACGACUGAAGUGGCUAUACAUACAAAUCCAUUUACGGAUCUAUAUGCUCCGAUUGGAACUGGAAGUUCCAGAAUUGGCGGCUGGUAUACCACCAUAAUGAAAUUGCCUUUUAUUUUUAGUAUUCGGAUAGGAUUUCUGUUGGCUUCAUCGGAAGGCUCGCGUAGUUUGUUACGUCAACUCCAAAAGGAUAAGUUGCAUUGGAAUUGAGAAAGUUUCGUUCAUAAUUGCAUAAAAGGAGUAAAAAUAGUGGUUGCGGCGCGUCGAGGGUCAACCUUUGAUAUCGAAUAACCUUUCGAGCCUUCCCCAAUGGAUCUCUAUCCUCCUUUGAAACCAAUAGAAGUUCAUUGACCAUCCCUGUCAAACAUAACCCAAGGUAGGAUCGAGAGGAGAAGAAUAGGACUCUUGCUAGUAUCAUAACCUCUCGAUGGGAGAAUGAAACCAUUAGAUUAGUGGAAAGAAGAAAGAAUGGGAAGAAACCA